UGCAUAAUGAUUGUAUGUUAAGCAAAGAUUCUGAUUGCAUGUUGAAAAAAGAAGAUUCUAAUAAUAUGUUAGUUGAAGAUAAUUCUAGUAAUGAGAUGCUAUAUGAAGUUGAUAUGUUGAGUGAAGAUGAUAUGUUAAAUGAAAAUGAUAUGUUGAGCAAAGACGGUAUGUUGAGCGAAGAUGAUAUGUUGAGUGAAGAUGACGACAUAAUGAGCGAAGAUUAUGUGUUGAGCAAAGAUGAUGAAUUGAGUAAAGAUUAUGUGUUGAGCAAAGAUGAUAUAUUGAAUGAAAAUGAUCUGUUAAGCGAAAACAACAUAUUGAGUGAAAACAAUUCUGAUAGAGAAAUUGUUGAUGAACCUUUGAGUAAUAAAAAAAUGCCACAUAUUGAUAGAGAAUUCACUCCAUAUUUUAGCAAUCUUAUAGAAGCAAAGAUGUUUUGUUGGUUAGUUAUUAUAGGCGAUGAAUUGGCAAGAAGCAUGCAAAGUAAAAAUCGCAAAGAAAGGUCAAUUGGAGACGAGAUAUGGAUGCUAGAUAGAGAAAUGAAUAAUGCGACUGUAAUUACUGAACUGCAGGCAAUUGUUAAGC